AUGGCUCUCAAUGCCAACACCAAGGCUAGCCUUGAGAUUACGAAGGGGGCAACCAUCUUCGACCCAGUCCCCCUCGAUCUGAACGACACAAACUCGGAUCACAAUGAGAACGAAAGAUUGCUGGGCCCUUUCCCUACAGAGGAAGAAUGGGCAACGCUUCCCCGUGUACCUGGUCGCAUCCCAUGGACGGCUUGGACUGUCGCCAGCGUCGAGUUUGUCGAACGCUUCUCGUACUACGGAACUUCCGCUGUGUUCGUCAACUUCAUCCAGAAGAAGCUUCCUCCAGGUAGCAAGACUGGAGCCGGAUUUCUCAAGAAGCCCGGUUCUGGUGCGCUUAACAUGGGUCAGCGGGCUUCAACUGGUAUGACUACUUUUAACCAAUUUUGGUCCUAUUUCACCCCACUCUUCGGAGCCUGGAUCGCCGAUGAGUAUUGGGGCAGAUACAAGACUAUUCAAUGGGCCAAUAUUAUCUCUAUCAUCGGUCACAUUGUUCUGAUCUUCUCGGCGAUUCCUCAGGUCAUCGUCAAACCGAAUGUCGCCAUGGGCAUUUUCGCCGUUGGCCUCAUCAUCAUGGGAAUUGGUACCGGUGGCUUCAAGUCCAACAUCUCGCCCCUGAUCGCUGAGCAAUACAAGAACCAGAAGGCAUACGUGCGCACCCGGAAGAAUGGCAAGAAAGAGAUCGUAGAUCCCGCUACUACGACUGCUCGUAUCUACCUCUACUUUUACCUACUCAUCAACGCCGGUUCCCUCACUGGUUCCCUCGCCAUGGUCUAUUCUGAGCAUUUUGUCGGCUUCUGGUUAAGCUUCACGUUGCCCACCAUCUGCUACCUUCUCUGCCCUAUCAUUCUCUUAUCCUUCAAGAAGACGUACAAGCUCACGCCUCCUACCGGUUCCGUCAUGGGCAAGGCGUGGAAGCUUGUCCGCUAUGCAACCAAGAAGAGCGACCGCAAGAACAUUCUCAAGGACCCUUUGUUCUGGGAUCGUGUCAAGCCUAGCCAGUUACAAGCUCGUGGCGAGAGUCUUCCAGCUUUCAUGACUUUUGACGACGCUUGGGUCGAUGAGGUCCGCCGUGGCGUGCUCGCGUGUAAAGUCUUCCUCUGGUACCCUCUCUAUUGGCUAGCUUACAAUCAAAUGAUGGGAAACCUGGUCUCCCAGGCCGGGACGAUGAAUUUGGGGAGUACACCGAACGAUAUCGUGGCCAAACUCAACCCGAUCUUCAUCGUCAUCGUAAUUCCUAUAAUGGACUUCAUAAUCUACCCCGCUCUCCGCAAAUCAGGCGUCGUUCUCUCACCCAUCAAGAAGAUCACCGCAGGAUUUGCUCUGAGUUCUUUGGCGAUGGUGUCGGCUUGCGUCACACAAUACUACAUCUACAAGAUGAGUCCGUGCGGCAACCAAAUCAACAAGUUGACUAAGGCCGGCAAGGAUUGCAGCGCUGACAUCUCUGUCUGGGUUCAGGUGUUCCCUUACGGUCUUGUUGGUAUGUCUGAGGUGCUCGCUUCCAUUACUAAGUUGGAGUACGCAUACACAAAAGCUCCUCAAAACAUGAGGUCGACAGUCCAGGCCAUCGCUUUGUCUACCAACGCUGUCUCAUCAGCUCUUGGACAGGCUCUCGUCGCUUUGUCUGAUGAUCCUCUCCUGACUUGGAACUAUGGAUCUGUUGCUGUUGUUGCUGCCAUUGGCGCCGUAGGUUUCUACUUCACUUUCCGUAAGGCUGACGCUGAGGAGGACGCCCUCAACAAUCUCAAAAAGAGUGAAUACGUCGGCGGUAGGGGCGAGGGAGAUGCUGAGAAUUUUGAGGUGCACAGCAUCAGGGACGAGAAGAAUGAGACCCGCUAG